GUGGUUGUUGUUGCUAUCGCAGUGCUCUAUAAUAAUAAUAAAAAAAACAGAGUUAAAAGUAGAAGGUAAAAGGAGUGUGAGUGUCUUUUUGAAUUUAUUUGCAGUGUGAUCCAUUUUAAUAUUUUUAAUUGUAAUGAAAGUUUGUGUCUGACUUACUUUAUGUUUACGCGGUUAGCCCGUUAGCUGUAGCACUGCAGAUAGCAAACACUGUGUAAGUAAAACCUUUAACAUGUUGGCAGUGUGGAUCAACUGAGGUUUUAUACAGUAACGUCAAUGGGAAAGAGGAAGGACAUGAUGAUCCACCCCAGGUUUUUUGUAGGGGAUGAUGAUGAAUACAAUGCUCACAGGAAGAAGCACAAAAAACACAAGAAACACAAGAAGAAGCACCACCGUGACGACGGCCACAGCUUCUCAUCUGAGGCUCUGGAGUCAGACUCCGGCAUCGUGCCGAAGCCUCCACAGCUGAAGCUGAAGAUUAAAUUAGGAGGGCAAACACUGGGCACCAAGAGCGUUCCAACCUUCACGGUGAUCCCCGAGGCUGUUCGCUCGAUGUCUCCUUUGAUUGUGGACAGUGAUGAUGACGAGGACUCUGAUGAUGAAGACGACGAGGACGACGAUGAUGACGAUGAUGAGCCUUCAGAGGGAGUUCCUAUUGAGCAGUAUCGUGCCUGGCUCGACGAGGACAGUAACUUGGAGCCUUCUCCUCUGCCAGACAUGGACAACGAUUCGUUUUUGGAAGGCCCCAUGGAUGAGGAGGAGAAGUGGCUUGAUGCUCUGGAGAAAGGAGAACUGGAUGAUAACGGAGAGCUGAAGAAGGAGAUAGAUGAGUCUCUUCUGACUGCCAGACAGAAAGCACUGUUGCACAAGCAGCAGAUCCAGCCCCUCUUCGAGCUCCCCAUGGGCUACAAAGAGAAGGAGCUGACGGCCGAGAUGCUGCAGAAGCGGGAGGAACGAGCCCGCAAGAGACGCCUGCAGGCAGCCAAAAAAGCUGAAGAGAACAAGAACCAGACCAUCGAGAGGCUCACAAAGACCAGCAAGGCCAAAAUCAAGAGCACAAAAGAGCGCAAGGCCAAACAGUUGCAGGUGCCCAUGGUGAGGUACCUGGAUAACGCUCAGGGGGCAGUGAUCUCUUUCCCGGUCGGAGUGACCGCUCCGGCAUCUGCCCCACCAUGUCCACUUCCACCUACUCCUGUGAGCUGCGGUGUCACUGGCUGCUCCAACCUGAAGAAGUAUUCAUGCUCCAAGACAGGAACGCCACUCUGCAGUCUGGAUUGUUACAGGAAGAACUUAAUGCUCAUAGAAAGUGCAUCUUAAACCUAAAGAACUCAAAUGGAUGUGGGUUAGAAACCUUGCACUAUUGAAACAGCAGGAUUUAUGGAUAUCUGUCUUAAUACAGAAUCUGGGAUUCCAGAAAUCAGUUUUUUUUUGUUUUGUUUUUGUUUUUUUUAGCUCCCUGUUCCCAGUCGACUUUCCACAUGAACUUUCUAGGAUGGACGUCCUUCCCAGUGUUAGAUCCCAAUCCAUCAAGCAUGCAGAUGCAGUUAUAAGUUAACCAACCGCUUGAGUGAAACUAAUCUCUUUAUCUAUUUAAAGGGAGGGAUUUAUUAUUUUUAGGCCCUCUGCUGUCUGUGAGGGGAACAGGGUAAUGUCCAUUUCCUGUAAUAUUUAACUGUAUACUAUAAUAUAGAAAUAUAUAAUAUAUGACUUCUGGUUCUCCUUCUGAAGAGAAUGGGAAAAGCAAUUGUAGUUGUAUUCAGGCUUAAUUUCACAAGCAGAACGAUGCAGACAGAAGCCUGAUGUAUAAAUUAUCCAGAGACACACUGCAAGAUCAGAUGACAGCUUUUUAGGGUCUCUUAUUCGGUUUAGGAAUAAUUUGUACGCUCAAUACCGCUCUGUGAUUUCUGUCAAAAUUCAUCCUGCUUGAUUUACGUUAUUUUCUGACUUACAGAUUAUCUUCAUUUGUCGGUGUGAAUUAUGUUGAAUGACAGAAUUGCACUAUACUGAAUCGGUGUAGACAUAAACCCAAAGUAUUUAUUUAGUGUUUGUGUGAUGCUUUAUUCUGUCAAGGCUUUUGUUGUUGUUGUUGU